AUGCGUGUCAUCAUCAUCGGGGCAGGUUUCGGUGGUCUCUGCCUGGCCAACGGCUUGCAGCAGAAGAAAGCUACUAGAGCAAUCGUGUAUUGGGGUAAAUCCUUCACCCACUAUGAGCAUCUCGACGGCGGACGGGUUCGUGCACGCUUUGCGGACUCGACGAGCGUGGAGAGAGACAUCCUCAUCGGCGCAGAUACCAGCAAAUCCAAGGUCCGCGAACAACGGCUGUCGGACCUGAAACAAGAAGAGCUCGGCAUCGUUGUUAUAUGCGGGCGGUACCAGUUGGACAAGGUCCGCACGGAAAACUUGCCGGCACUCCUGACGGACGGCUCGCUGAAUAAUACUAUCGUUCCGUAUGGGAAGGUUUGGUUGUUCAUAGCCCCAUUCCCGUCUUCAGAAGGGGAGCGUGGCCCGGUCGACAACUACACGUUGUGGGCAUACGUGGUCCCCAAGCCUGAGACUCCCAUAGAUGCCAAAGCACUAUCACCUUCACAGCUGCGUGACAUCGCCCUCGCCGGUAUUCAGAAUUGGGCUGAAUCGCUCGUGACCGUGGUCAGGGAAGCAGACUUCGCCACAGUCGCCCCGAUCGUCUUGCGCUCGAUGCCCCGUCUGACUCCGUGGAAGACAAACAAUACUAGUAUAUUACUACUACUUCUUGGCGACGCAACCUACAACAUGACGCCCAUGGCGGGAGUCGGCGCCAACAUCGCGUUUCGUGAUGCUCACGUCUUGACCGAUCUUCUCAUUGAUGCACACCGCGGCAACACCAGCAUCUUGGAUGUUAUUGCAACGUACGAGGAUAAGAUGAGGCACUAUGCAAAUGGGGCAGUGGCACUCUCGCGGCAGAUUGCAGAGGGCGCGAGUUCGAGCCAGAUAUUGCAGAGAUUGAUGUUCCAUGGUGUGCUGCGGCUGGCGGAGGCAAGUUCCACGGUGAUGAAAGCAACGAUUGGCAGAGGAGUUUCUGGAGACUGA